UUCAUCUCUCACGUGGGACUCUUCAUUCUUGGCCCUACAACUACACUACACUUCGAUUUUUGUACACUACAUAAUUUUAUUCCACUACAUUAACUCAGCUCAUGAUCUUUUAUCAUAAACUACAAUUAAUCUAACAUAAUAUUUUCUUGAACUUGCUUUUGUGAAGAUCAGAUACUAAACUAUCAUGGGAGAUUCCCCUGCUUCUUACAUAUACAUGCACCUGAUAGAGAAGUGCCUAACUUUCCACAUGACAAAAGAGGAGUGCAUGGAGGCGCUUUCCAAGCAUGCAAAUAUCAAACCUAUCAUCACUGUUACUGUGUGGAAUGAGUUAGAGAAAGAGAACAGGGAGUUCUUCGAAGCAUACUCUCAAUCACAUAACAAAGAUCACGCGACAGAGGCAGAGGCAAGUACAAUGAUUCAGAAAUUGAUGUUGGAUCAAUAUCAUACUAAAGAUUCAAAGAACGAAUAACAUAUAAUCGUACAAACGACGUUUAUAUACCCUUUGAGUUCUCUGUUGGGGCGCGUGCAUUGUUGCCGGUGUUGGCAAUAUUAAAGAAAUUACAUUCAAGCAAGCAAAUAUGUCAUGGUUUGAGGAGCCUAUCUGUCACGUAUAGACCUUUAAGGCAUGGUAGCCUAAGCAUCGAGGUGAAGUCCGGACCUAAAAGAUGUCUUAUGAGCCAUAAAUCCUAUUGUAUUCAUUAUAGUCGUCACAUGCUGGCAAACUCAAAGGCAAUUGGUAAUUGAAGUACUAAUAUGUCUCUGCAUAGGGAAAACUAUGCAGGUAGCUAUGGUGUUAGGAACUCUUCAAAAAUGCCUUUGGGUGCAUGUCGAACCCUCCAAAAGUAGUACAUUUUUGGAGGAUUAGACAUGGGAUAACAUUUUUGGAGAAUCCGAGCAACACAAGUAGGUUGUAGUACUCUGUGGUCCCUUAUUCAAAUGUUCACUAUACUAUAUGCUUAUUGAAUCAGCUCCCAAAUCCUAAGUUGAGUAUAUAUAUUUUAUGAAAAUAGUACUAGCAACUAGCAAGUUGGUGUUAAUAAGCCAAAAUCUUAAGGAUGUGUCAUGGCUCUGUUUUGGAAA